AUGCCCGGCGGCUUCACGCGCGGAGGACCACCUUGGCGAAAAGCAACCGAGAAAGUCUUCAACGAGGCCUGCAAGAUGAACCGUGGGCAGCCCUCUGUCUUCUGCUAUCCGGACAUGAAGGAGCUCCUGGAAGGCCUGUCAAAGGCUUCAGAAUAUGGCGCAGACUUCACCAGCGAAACGUUCUUGUUGGACCUGCACGUGGUCGUGGAGCAGCUGCUGGCGUGGCCGUCCGCUUGGACAGGUGUGAAAGAGGUCCUUGCAUCGCGGCACCAGUGGACCAGAAACUACUGCGACAAGAUCCUCGGGGGCUCGCCGAUUUGGUAUGCGCCGCCCUUGGUUCGCAAAAGCUUCAUCACCCCUCGGUCAACCAUGGCGCAGGUAGAGAAGGAUCAACCCUAUGUGGCUGCGGCUUUCAACCGUUACUUGGAAGAGCUCGGCAAGAACGGCGACGGCAGAACGAAGGAGCUAAUCCGCGAGCUUCGGGCGAACGAUGUCGCGGACAUCAAGAGCAAGUCAGUGCACGCAAGGCCCCUGAUGCGCCUGAUGAUGCACGAGCACGCCAAAGUGUUGAAGUUCUUGCUGGGGAAAGCCUGCAAGGGCAGCAAAGAGGCGUGGGCCAAGUUCGAAAGACAGGACUUGAAUGGCCUGACCAUCGUGCAUCAUGCCGCCAGUCAGGGGAACAGUGCUGCGGUGGAGGCGAUCCUCCGUGCUGCGCCCAAGAAGAAGCGCCUGCAGCUGGCGACCACGCGCGAUGGUUACGGCUAUCUCCCCGAAGACUGGGCAGCUCUUGGCGAUUUCAACGACACCGUGACCGUGUUGCGCAAGUGGCAUGGUGAAGAGGAGGCCAAGAGUGACAACGUCGCGCCGGCAGAGCCCGUCAAGCUUUUCCGCGAGGCCAAAGGCCCCGCAGCAGAGGCAGCCGAGGAGUGUCCCGCCAGCGAUGCUUCCUGCAACUCUGGCGGUUGGCGGCCGGGUGAGUUGUCUUCGGUCUCUGACGAGUGGCUUCCGCCUGCAGAGGAGCCCUGUGCCAUUGACACGAUCCAAGCAUCGCAGUUCGACAUUGACACCUUUCUCAGGCAUUACCUGUUGCAUCCUCGGCCUCUGUUGGUGAAAGGAGCUGGAAAGCCGUCUCCCGUCGCCUCCGGGAAUUGGACCCGCUCGGGCCUGCUUGCAGCGGCAGGAGAGCGCAAGGUGGAAGCUGAACUGUUUCCACGUGCACAGGCCUUCGAUGGCACAAGACCAUUGAAGAUGAGCUUGAGGGAAUAUCUGGAGCUCAUGGACAACCGAUCGGCGGAUGUGAGCUUCGCAAAGAAGAAGCUCCAGUAUGGGUAUCUAUCUCUCGACGUGAACGAGGUCUACCUCAACUUCUCCGCCGUGCUGCCGGAGGUGUUGGCUGGACAGGUCGAACACAAGGGCAGCAUAUUUCUGCUGGGCGGAGUGUUGUCUGGCACCCCUCCGCAUCAUCACGGGCCUUCGGCGAAUUCUCUUGUCUAUGGCACGAAAGUGUGGUACCUGGAUCCGCCCGGCCGCGAGAUCGUUGCCCACGAGCCCAUGUACGAGUAUCUCAAGCGCACCAAAGGAGCGCCCGGAUCCUUGCGCUGUCUCCAGGAGCCUGGUGAUCUGCUCUUCUUGGCUCGUGGCUGGACACAUGGAGCGCUUUGCCUGGGCGACUGUGUGGGUUCCUCCAUAGAGUUCAGCCACACAAACUUCGACCUCCGCGACUGA